GGACUUCGCGCAUCUUCUCUUCUCUUUCAACCGUUCAAUUGUUCAUAAGAACAUAUGGCACCACUGCUAGCCAUCUCUAACGUGCAAGCUCUUGAGGCAGUCUUCGAAGAAGCAUGCGAAAAUGGCUCGAUACCAUGGGCUGUGCUUACCGCCAUCAACAGCACAGGCACAUUCCAGUACGAGAAAGCUUUUGGUAUUCAAUCUUUGGAAAGAGGUAAAAAUACUCCUCUCACGACGGGUACUCUACUCUCAUGGCUCUGGCUAGUUGCACUAAGAUAGUUACAACCGUUGCCAUCUUACAGCUUGUCGAGCAGGGUCAGAUUGGACUCGACGAUGAUGUUUCUGUUCACCUUCCUGAGCUCUCGAACUUGAAGAUUAUUGCUGGAUUUCAAGAUGGCCAACCAAUUUUGGUAGAACGAAAGAAUGUAGUUACAUUACGACAUCUCCUCACUCACUCCUCUGGCAUGACCUACUUUUUCAUGUCUCCCCUUCUGGCAAUAUAUCUAUAACCCGUCACGAAAUCUAAUAGAUCAUCACCACCAAAGACUGUUAUUAUAUCUUACAGCAGCCUAAGCAUUUUCGAAACAGGAACAUCUUGGCUUUAUAGUUCCGGUCUUGACUGAGUUGGACUUCUCAUUAGCCGUCUCUCCAAGGAAGACCUCGAAGUAUAUUAUCAAAAGAAUAUUUUCGCUCCCAUAGGCAUCAAAGACAUGACU